GCCAACGCCGCGGACUCGCAAGGACAGACCACCCUAAACCACGCGGCUACCUCCCUGUACUAUGCGCCUCGCUCUGGCCGGCUGAACAUCAUGCGCCUGCUACUGGAGGCCGGUGCUGAUCCAAACGUCGCCGAUACGGAGAGCGGGAUGACGCCGCUGAUGAUGGCGGUGAGUAAGUGCGAGGAGGCGACGGUGCAGAUGCUGCUCUCACACGGCGCCGACGCCAACGCCGCGGACUCGCACGGACGGACCUUCCUGUACUACGCGGCUACCUCCCUGUUCUAUGUGGCUAGCUCUGGCCGGCUGGACAUCAUGCGACUGCUACUAGAGGCCGGUUCAGAUCCAAACGCCGCCGAUACGGAGAGCGGGAAGACGCCGCUGAUGAUGGCGGCGAGGGAGGGCGAUGAGGCGAUGAUGCGGAUGCUGCUCUCACACGGCGCCGACGCCAACACCGCGGACUUGCACGGAGAGACCUCCCUGUACUACGCGACUCGCUGCUCUGGCCGGCUGGACAUUGUGCGCCUGCUACUGGAGGCCGGUGCAGAUCCAAACGUCGCCGAUACGGAGAUCGGGGAGACGCCGCUGAUGAACGCG